AUGGCUACUGUGGAAUUGGUUGGUGGUACCAGUAAAAAACAAAAUUGGAAAGCUUUAAGCAUUGCAUUUAUUGUCAUUGCUAUCGUUUGUUUAUUUAUUGCCGCUGCUAUUUUUGUAACAAGAACUCGUCAAACUUCAUCUCCACAUUCACCUAUUCCAUUAAGUGAACAAGAUAUAUUUAAUAUUAAAAUACCUAAACCAUGGAAUGGUACAUGGAUAUCGGAUACAUAUUUUUCUUUUAUGGAUACAAAUGAUUCAAUUUGGAUUUAUAACUGUGAUACAUUACAAGAAGAAUUAUUAUUUAAAAGAAAUGUUAUACAACAAGAAAGUAUUGGUGAAGGUAUUGUUUCACCAUCAGCGCGUUAUAUUCUUGUACCAAAAAGAGAAGAAAAGAAGCAUCGGUAUUAUACUGAGUAUUAUUAUGUUUUAUAUGAAAAAUCGAAAAAAAUUGCACCAAUAGGACUUUCCGAUGGUCAAUUGGUACCUUUAUCAGCUGUUUUAUAUUCGAAUUCGGAUAAUUAUUUUGCUUUUAUUCAUAAUUUUGAUGUUUAUGUAUAUGAUAUUGCACGAGCAACAAGUAGUAGAGUAACAUUGGAUGGAAAUCGAGAAAAAGUUCAUAAUGGUCUUAUUGAAUGGGUUUAUGAAUAUGAAAUUUUCAAUCAAAAUGUUCUAUUAUUUUGGUCACCAAAUGAUCGUUAUUUGGCAUUUAUUAAAAUAGAUUUACAAGAUGUUCCAAAAGCUAAUUUUCUUAAAUACGAUUUAUCAACAGAUAAUAAUGAUCGAUAUUCAAUCCCAUAUCCAAAAGCUGGUGAUACACUUCCAUUACUUGAUGUUUACAUCUAUAAUGUUCGAUCAGGAAAAACUAUACGCGUACCACGUCCAAACGAAUAUGAAAAAUUAAAAUCUGAUUUAUAUAUUUACCAUGUUGUUUGGUAUUGUGAUACAUGUUUAUCAAUUGUUUAUGGUAAUCGUGCACAAAAUUCCAGUAUAAUACAAUUAUAUGACAUUCAAACAAUAAAUACUGAUAAUGAUAAAAUAAUAUUUAAAACACGUUAUAUUGAAGAAACGCGAAAAGGUGCUUUAUUAACACGUUUUCUUAAACCAUUUUUUUCACCCAUGGGUACAUAUGGUUUUAUUAUACGAUUUGAUCCAUUAAAUUUUGACAAAAUAACACAAAAAGCUUAUCCAUAUAUUGUUCGAAUACAUUUUAAUCAAACACAUCCACAAAUUGAUGCAACAUUAUCAUCAGAUCUAUGUGUCGAUGAAAUAAUUUAUGUUGAUAAUUUUAAACAAAUAUAUUUUACUGCUUCACGUCAAAAUAAUACAAUAGAACGACAAGUUUAUCGAUGGAAUUAUACGAAUGAACAAAUUGAUGCCGAAUGUUUAUCAUGUCAUAAUGAUAAUGAAUCAUGUGGUUAUGCUAAUGCAAAAUUUAGUCGUGGAAAUGGUAGUUAUUAUAUACUUGAAUGUUAUGGACCAAAAAUUCCUUAUUCAACAUUAUAUAAUCGCACGAACAAACUUAUUUUAAUUAAUGAUAAUGCUCCAUUUCGAGAAUGGAUUGAUAAGCGAUUAAUGCCUUAUGUAGAUUAUUUUUCAGUACCAUUAGAUAAAAAAAAUACAGUUGGUCAUGGAAUGAUUAUUUUACCACCAGGUUAUAAUUCAAAUGUUACAAUUGCAUCAUAUCCUGUUAUUGUAUCAAUAAAUGAUCAAUUAUAUGAUCAAAGAGUUACUAAAAAAUUUGUUUUACCAUUAGCAGAAUUUGCUCAUGUUACACAAGAUAAUAUAAGUAUUGUAUUAUUUGAUGCCCAUGGUAGUACUGGACAAGAUGAAAAUUAUUUAAAAAUUACUGAAUCGAAUUGGUUCCAAAGUCAAUAUGACGAUUAUAUGAAAGUUGCAAAACAUCUUAAAGAAAAUGAAAAGAAAUUUAAUGAAACAUUAAAUGCAACACGAUUUGGACUUAAAGCAAGAGGUCCUGCUGCAGUUAUAGCAUUAAAAUUACUUGAAAAAUCGAAUUCUGGAAAAGAUGAAUAUAUUUGUGCAUUUCUUGAAUCACCUGUUCAUGAUUUAUCUCAUUAUCAUGCUGUUUAUACUGAACGUAUCAAUGGAUUAGAAAAGCCAUCUAAAUCAUCUCAUCGAUAUAAUAUUCGAAAUAAAAGUCUAGCUAUUGUUCAUGGAACAGCUGAUGAGGAUGUUCACUUUAAGCAUUCAGCAACAUUAGCUAAAACAUUUAUUGAAACAGGUGCCAAUUUUCAAUUCAAAGUUUAUCCUGAUGCUGAUCAUGAUUUUGAAAAAAAUCCAACUUUACAUGAUGAUUAUUUUCAUUUUCAACGUCAAUUUUUUCAAGAAUGUCUUGGUAGUCGUGUUAAUAAAGAACGAAAAUUAGUUAUACCAGAAGAAUAUGAUUAA